ACGGCGUCCGCCCCUGCGUCCCGGCGGGAGCCAGCAGAGUCAGUGGAUGUAGGGCCGACGCGCUCAACAUGGCUUCGGCGGGAGGCGGCGGCUGCGAGAGCGCCGCGCCCGAGGCCGAUCGCCCCCAGCCGCGGCCGUUCCUCAUCGGCGUGAGCGGCGGCACGGCGAGCGGCAAGUCAACAGUGUGUGAGAAGAUUAUGGAGCUGCUGGGACAGAACGAAGUGGACCGCCGUCAACGCAAGUUGUUCAUUCUGAGCCAGGACUGCUUCUAUAAGGUUCUGACGGCCGAGCAGAAGGCCAAGGCCUUGAAGGGACAGUACAAUUUUGACCACCCAGAUGCUUUUGAUAAUGACCUGAUGCACAGGACUCUGAAAAGCAUUGUCGAAGGCAAAACUGUCGAGGUCCCCACCUACGACUUCGUGACCCACUCAAGGUUGCCAGAGACCACGGUGGUCUACCCAGCCGAUGUGGUUCUGUUCGAGGGCAUCUUGGUAUUCUACACUCAGGAGAUCCGAGACAUGUUCCACCUGCGCCUCUUUGUGGACACAGACUCUGAUGUUCGGCUGUCUCGAAGAGUUCUCCGGGAUGUGCAGCGAGGCCGGGACCUGGAGCAGAUACUGACCCAGUACACCACCUUUGUGAAACCUGCUUUCGAGGAGUUCUGCCUGCCGACCAAGAAGUAUGCUGAUGUGAUCAUCCCACGAGGAGUUGACAAUAUGGUUGCCAUCAACCUGAUCGUACAGCACAUCCAGGACAUUCUCAACGGUGACCUGUGCAAGCGGCACCGAGGAGGGCCUAAUGGGCGCAACUACAAGAGGACCUUUCCUGAGUCGGGAGAUCACCCUGGGGUGUUGGCCACUGGCAAGCGCUCACACCUGGAGUCUAGCAGCAGACCCCAUUGAGGACCAGCGUAUGUAGGUUCCUCACAGCCCAAUGAUUAAGGGUCUGGGCGUGGGGACAACCACUGUCUCCUAAAAGCACAGUCAGGGAUUCCUCUGAGGGUGAUUAGGGUGGCAGCAGGACCAAAGCCUUCCUUGCUUGGGAGGGCAGCCUCAUGCUGACAGAGCAU